CCUUGACUUGAUUGAUAACAUUUGACAGCUCUGAAGUUGUGAAGAAAGUCACUUGUUACUUAAUUGUCUUCUUUUGGCAUGUUCAUCAUAACAAAAUGCCCCUCCUUUUCGAAUUUACUCCCUUUGGAAAAUUGAAUCUUCAACCAGUUAAGUGUAUUGUGAAGUACGUUGAUGUGAUUUUGUGACCUGUCAAUGAAACUGUAGGUGUUACAAUCACCUGUCUCAUCCUCUACCUGAAGUCGAUAUCGGUUUUUAAAAAUUGUCUUUUAUCAUGGCAAACCGUAAAGCCAGUGGAAUCCCUCAGCUCAAAAGGCUCAGGUCUCUAUCCCGACAAAGGGUCAAAGCCAAUGAGUCUAGUUUAAUUAUCAGUGGCUCUCCAAAUUCGAUCUUCAACUAUCAGCACCCAAGUGACGAUGACAAAGUUCUGACCACGGAUGUGAUUAUGAAAGCGAAAGACACCGGAGUCCUUCAGCUCAGUGAAAAAGGCCUUGUUUCUGCUGUUCCCGUAGUGACAUUUCUAACCAAGCAAAACGAACCAGAAAGAGGGAGAAAGGUGGACUUUGAUGAUGUUGAAUCAAAAAAGUGGUGGGAGGAAGCUUGUUUGACAACAAUCGACCUCAGCUACAAUCACAUAACAGAAAUACCUAGUCAAUUAUCUGUUGUUCACUCUCUAACUCACUUAAAUCUUCAACAUAACUCUUUGAAGGCUUUACCUGACCAACUGUCCUACCUCCAUAACUUGAAUGAAUUGAAUUUAAAUCACAACCAUUUCAAACAGAUUCCGAUGGCUGUUUACUCACUCCCAAAGCUCAAAGUCUUAACUAUGACAAACAACGAGUUGGUUAAAGUAGAUUAUGAAAUAGGAGACGUUGUUACGCUAACUUUCCUAGACUUAAGUUAUAAUAAAAUAGACAGCAUCCCUAUCUCUAUGUGUCAACUAGUCUCUCUGACAUGUUUGAAUUUAGAAAGCAAUUUGAUUUGCGAGUUACCACUCGAGCUGAAGUUUCUCACCGCGCUUGAGGUGUUCAAAGCUGGGAAAAAUUUGGUUGCGGAACUUCCCACUUUCGAGUUCAUGAGCAGCAUACACAUGAUAGAUGCGGCCAGGAACCAGAUUUCAUCUUUUCCGUGUCUAAAGAUGUGCCAUCGUCUAAAGGAACUUAUCCUCAGUCACAAUAACAUAAUGGUAAUCACAGCCGAGAAUAUAGAAAACCUCUCAUCGGUUUCCAUCAUGGAUCUCUCCAACAACAAUCUUGCCAAGCUGCCUGAUGAAUUAGGUUAUCUCUCCAGUUUGACCAAUUUAAAUGUCUCAAGCAAUUCUCUUGUGGAGUUGCCAUCGACUUUGUGCAAGCUGUCAAACCUGAAAGUUCUCUCGGUGAAAUCAAAUCCUCUGGACAUCAGGCAGGACAUCAUCAAUGGCGGCACCAAUCGCGUGCUUCAAUAUUUGGCAACCAAAUUUAUGGAGAGACAAACCUCACCGCCUGUCAGCAACACUUCACCCUAUUCCAGUGAGAAGAAUACACGGUUGCCAGACAAGUACACUUUGAGGAAACGUCGCGCUUUGCAUUUGAGUGGUUACAGUUUGACGAGUGUUCCGGAGUCUGUUUUGACUGACGCUGAGGAAGCUGAAGUUCAGCUUGUUGAUUUAAGUAAUAACUUAUUGACUGAUAUACCUGCUGAGAUGGGUAAACUAGCAAAAAAUCUCCAGGAAUUGAAUCUGAGCAAAAAUACUAUUUCCAGCCUCUCAGAAAACAUAAAGCCUUUCAUAAAUCUGUGGUUUUUGGAUUUGAGCUGCAAUCGACUGUCACGAUUGCCAGAAGAGUUCUCAGAGUUACAGCAUCUCAAAGAAGUAGACUUAUCUUUUAAUUUAUUCACAGAAAUGCCUUCACCAUUGUUUAACUGCACUCACAUCGAAAGGAUCUCCUUUGAGAACAAUAAAAUCUCAAAAUUCAACGUCAAAGGUUUGAGCCAGUUAACCCAGUUGGCAGUUCUGAACCUAACAAACAAUGAUCUUCAGCAAAUUCCGCCAGAAGUCGGAAAUCUAACCCAACUCAUCGACUUGCAGCUCGCCGGAAAUGGUAUCAGACAUCCUCGAAGAGAGAUUUUGGAAACAGACACUCGAACGUUAUUAAGCUGGUUACGAUCUAGGAUUCCAUAGUCAUGGAUUUUAUCACCACAUAACCUUUCAUGUACAAAUUUCACGCCAAAAAAAAUUUGUUUUGUUCUUUUUGCUGCCACGCCUGAGGACACUCAGAAGAUAUUACUCUAAUUGAGGAGAAAUCGAGUUGAAAAUUAAAUGAUACCUCCUUUUUUGGUUCUUAAAGAUUCUCUUUAAAACGCAUAGUUUAUCCAACAUCCCACAAGAGAAUCUGUAAACUGAACAUAACAUGUUACCAUUUAGUUGUGUAGUCGAGAUCUUGAAUUCUCUAAUCAAAACUUUUUUUAAUAAUAAUUAAAUGUAAUGCUAAGUUAAAAUGUAAUUUAAGUACAUGUGUUCCAUCAAUGAAGCAGUUUUUGUGAAAACUCAAAGUGCUGUUGUCCCCCUACCUUCCAAAAAAUGAUUAAUUAGGCUACUGAGAGAAAAGCUAAUAGUUUAUGAGUCAUCUCUGUAAAUUUUUUAUGGAACACUUUACAUCUUUUUUACACCCUCAUAAUUGGAGACAUCUAAGCUUUUUCUUCCCUUUUUUGGGUUGUUUUACACUCUGAAAAAAGUUCAAACGAAUUAAUCAUGCUCCUUGUUCUUAUCAGGGGUAGCAGGCUCAAGAAUUAAGGUAAAGGAUUAGUAUUUAAAUCCAUAAACUUGUAUAUGACAUGAAUUCUAUAGAAUCUUUUUUUCUUUUGUAAACUGUCAGCUAAAAAAAAAGAGGCGCCUGACGCUUUUUGUACUACAGUAAUUCAAACUCAUUCAAAUUCAUCAUUGAUUUUUACCAUCCAUUUUAUUUUUAAAGCCAUGUAUUUUGCUUUGGUCUAAAAUAAUAGUGAUUUAUUCUUAUUCUUCUCUUCAAGAAGCCUGUUUUAAGAAAAGGCCUUUUUGUGCCUUUUUGGGGGCAACUCAGGGAUUUGUUCAAACGAGAUUUUGUUUAGGCUUCGUUUGAACAAAAUUCCCGUGUUUUUCCAGAAGGGGCAAUUUUUUGAUAGGCUGAACAGCAAUACUCAAUGAGAGCUAACACCUUUUUUUUAUGAUCAAACAGGUACUUCAAACCAAUUUGAUUCUAAUGUAUCAUAUCGAGGGCCAAGGAGCAAUACCGCCUGACUGAGAAUUUUGGCCGAAAUGAGUUAACAACUUUGCCGCAUUCCACAGUAUAAAAUAUGCAAGCUCAUGUUUUAAGUUUUUUCAAACUCCGUAUGGGAGCGCUGUAAUGUAUGAAAAAAUUGAAAAUCUAACCUGAAAAUUACAAAAAUGGUCAAGUUUUCUCCUCAUCCUGCGAAUUUGUCAGUUUGCAGAUUGGCAGUAUUGUUCUUCAGUCAUCAAUAUGUGUUAAACAAUGAAGGUUCUCAGUCAGGCAAUUUAAGACAAACAAAAAACCAAACCCCAUAGCUUUUAACCUGUUCAAUCUAUUAUGGCCAUUGACAUUGUAUCUUUCUAAGUAGGAUAGAAAAUCAAGUACAAUUUAUUUUUUGGUAGCAAUGAUUUAAUUUUGUGUGAUUUUCUGUGUUAUAAUUAAUAUUAAAAUUGAUUCACUUUAAACUUUUAGCAAUUAAAUUUCCUUUGACAGCAUUAUUCUUACAAUUUCAAUUGCUCUCUGCUUGCACUUGUAGCACAGAGUCAAAAUUAAACCAUUUGUGUGAUUUUCAGAAAUCGUAAAGCUGGUUCAAAUUCUGUGUAAAUGUCAGUUGAUUUUAUUCUCAAAUCAAAGAAAGAAAACUCGAAAUUAUUAUUCAGUAUACAUCCAUCUGGGAGGAAAAUAAAUGAAAAACAAAGAAUGAAAUGGAAAUCCUAAUACUCAACAAAAGUUUAGUUAAGAUCUUUCUGAAUAUUUCUGGUGUAACAAAUCUUCAAAAAGAAGAUACAAAAAUUACUCAAAUGCUUCUUUCCUAUUUGUAUCAUCUCACUGUCAUGAAAGAAAACGGACAAAUUCACGGAAGAGUGAAAAAAUCCUUCAAAUUUGAACUUGUCUUUGCUGCCAAGUUUCUACAAGCUUUUGCACAUGAUCUAGUCUAAUUCUACCAACCAUGCUCAGAUCGCUCGCUAUUAAGAAGUGAAACGUACAAAUUAUUAUUUCAGUGUAAGUUACCAUUAGCUAUAAAACCUGGGCCAUAUGUAAGCAAUUAUGUAUUCAUGUUUAUUGCAAGUUGUCUGUUUAUUUUGUUAUCACUUCCAGUACUGUGCGUUGAUAAUUUAUUUUACAUAUUAGUAUUAUUUUUAUGUAUUCAUGUAUUUGUUUGUUUGAUGGUUUGUAUCCACUUCAUUUGUUUGCUAUUUUGUCCAAGUUUUAUAUUUUGGCUCUCAUCAACUGUGAAAUAUUCUUGAAUGCAUUAUUUUUUUUCAAUAUAAGCAAUUCUUUGACA